GAUUGCGUCGAUACUUUGUCUAGAAAUCCGGUUCAAUCUCCAGGAAUAAGUACGGUAAAGCCUUAUCCGGGCGGGGUUCCUCUUUUUCUCCCUCUAUUCUUCCCCCAAUAUGAGUCGAGUGAUUGUCUUGCUCGAGGGCUGGCUUCUUAUAGUCUGCUUGUUGGGACCGACAUGCCGAUGGGCUCGUGAGAAAAACAUUCCAUGGAACUCGAAGCCGCCAGGUAUUAUUUCUCCUGAGAUUGAGGCCGAAGUCAAGCCGAAGUAUCAAGGCUUCGACGGAAGAACUCGAGUCUCUACUCAGUCUGUUCAGCAGUCUGUCCUGAAGACCUUCAUGCCGUACUUACACUGGCUAUUUCCAUUCCCUCAUUCUUGCCUACUCAUUUUCAAAAAUUCCGUUCUCUUACUUUUUAGGGCGAUGUACUUGUUUGCAAUAUAUUGGGUUUGCAAUGACAAAUUUAAUAUAAUUUGGAGUACUCUGUGGGAGCUUUUAUGUCUCCAAGGAACGUAAUAAUCUUCUCCUGCUAGAAGCUCUCUGGUGAUCAUAGGUUUACUA